GCCUAUUCAGUGUUCAACUCUCUCCCCACAUAUUCCUUAUCUUUCACCACACAAAUAACAACAUUAACACCACAUUGUCUCAUAUCAUAUCAAACCUUCAAGACUCAAAAUCUUAGAAGAAAAACAAAAUAUAGUGUCAUUACAUUCAUUCAUUUUGAUUCAAAGAAAACAAAAAAUGGCCACAAACUCUCUUCACUGUUCAAUUCAACAACACCAUAACCAUCAUUUCCAUAUCAAAUUCCAACCUCCAACUACUAUUUCUGCUUCACAACUCUUCCUUAAACCCUCUAACAUUACCAACAACAUCACUCUUUCACAUUCUUCUUCUGGUUCUUCUUCAUUUUCAUGUGUUACAUUCUCACUCUCACAAGCUACUUCCACCACCCCAUCAUCAACCUCACAAGAAUCAGUUUCCUUUGAAGUCUUAAAGCAGCAUCUCACAGCAGAAGAGUAUCAAAAAGCUGAUGAAGAAACAAGGAGGCUCCUCAUAGUUCUAGCUGGUGAAGCUGCUCAGAAACGUGGAUAUGUCUUCUUCUCUGAGGUUCAGUUCAUAUCAGAAUCUGACCUCAAAACCAUUGAUGAACUCUGGAGGGUCCACAGUGACAACAAGUUUGGAUACAGUGUUCAGAAGAAGAUAUUUGAGAAAUCCAAUGAAGACUUCACCAAGUUCUUCAUCAAAGUUGGUUGGAUGAAGAAGCUUGACACUGAAAUGGAACAGUGUAACUAUGAGAUCGUCGGUCCAGGUGAGGACGAAGAAGAAGCUGGCGGCGCCAUGAACGCAGAUGUGGCGGAAGUUGCAAAUGCACUAGCAAACCCGCAUCCGUUUCAGGAGCCUUCUUUCAUGCGGUCAUUGGAUUUGGAGGCUAUGCACGCACCGGAGUUUCCGCAAUAUAUGAAUCCAGCCCCUCCUGUUGUGGCGGAUGGUGAGUUCACAGUGGGGAUGGAAUUCAGUUCAAGGGAGGCAGUAAUCAAGGCAAUUAAAGAUUACACCAUCCGGAUAGGUGUGGACUAUUGGGUAUAUGAGUCGGAAUCGACGACAUUCUAUGCAAAAUGUACAGAAUAUGGGAUGGUUGUGACUGGUUGAUCAGGGUAACUAAAA